AUGACCGGUUGUUCUGUACCGCUGUGUGCCGCUUCGUCGGCAAAGGGAGUCCGAUGCUUCCGCUUUCCCCAAGAAAAGGCGCGAAGAAGGAAAUGGGAGUCCUGCAUCAAACGUGAUCGCUGGAAGGCAAGUCACACCUCGAGGAUCUGCGAGCGCCACUUCGAAGAAGACCAGUACGAGAUGAACCGACAAGAUGGGCGGCGACUUCUCAAGCGGACGGCUGUACCUACGUUGUUUGAUUUCAGACUGCAGCCGAAGCGAAGAAAGCCCCCCGCACCGCGAGCUCCUCCGGCUGAUCGUGGAGGUGCCACCACUGCAGGUCCGUCGUCAAUUUCUGCGGCAGAAGUCUCGGACCAAGAAGAUUCUGGCACGGAGGACACUCAGCCAAACCCCAUUUUAGAAGAAAAUGUGCACGACCGCCUGAACGAUACAGUUGAUAUCGUGACACUGCAUACAAGUGAACUGCAGAAAACUUUGCAAGACACAAAAAGGAAAAACUGCGAGUUGGAAGAAAGCCUGUCAGCUGCAAAAAAGAAGUUAAAAAGAGCUCUAAGAAAAACAAGGCAGCUAGAAACAAAGCUUUCCACCUUGACUAGAAAUUUGACAUUUCUGAACGAGGACCAAAAACGUGAGCAUGCUCUUGUGCUCAUGAAAGAAUAUGUUCAAGGGGAGAAACACCUCACUUACGUCAGCCUGGAAGUCUUCAACUUUGUUUCUUGUUGUGAGGGGGUAUUUAAAGCGUUCUCAGAAGAAGAGGACAUUUGUCUUUUGAAGAGCCCAAUGAAGACCAUAACACGACUUAUUGAGCAAUCUGUUCCUGUACCCCGUGUUGAGUGCAGCAAACACCCUGAUCUAAUACGCAAGUUAUUGGAGCGUUUUGUCGUGAUGCGCCUGCGCAUUUACUUGCAUUGGCUAAGUCAGCCGGAAGAGUCAGAUGAUGGUUAUGGUAGUAAAACAGUCGCCGGUACAAACCUGCAGUGA